GGGGGGCGAGGCCGGGAGGCCUGGGGCAAGGCCCAGCCCGGGGCACUGGAAGCCACACCGUCGGGUCGGAACAUGAAUUCCGUGCCUGACCGGGCUGGACAGAGUAAAGGCGGGGACCAAAUCGGCAGGUGGACGCGCACCGCGGCCUGGCUGGGGGGCGCGGGGGGCGAGGCCAGGAGGCCCGGUCUGGGGCCAAACAGGCAGGGCCCGGGAGACAGAGGCUGGAAUGACGGGCCGGCCGUGAGCACCGAACUGACGCUCGGGUCGGGCCGGGCUGGGGAGUCUCGGAUGUCGAACCGACGGGCAGGGAUGGCCCGGCUGCUUGGGGGCGGGGGCCGAGGUUGGGAGGCCCGGCCUAAGGCAAGGAGGCCAGGCCCGGGGCCACCUAACCUGACUGACGCGCGGGGCCUCCCGUGUCUGCUUGACAGACCGCGGGUGCCGGGACUCCGGAGGCCAGGCUGAUGGGCAAAGGCAGCCCAGCGGAUUGGAGAGCGAGGGGCUGGGGGGAGAGGCCGAAGGGCCGGGGGCGCCGAGGCCUGUCCGACGACCCAGGGUUGAAGGGAGCGCACUGACGACCGGGGCCUCGGGUGCCAAAUCGCUUGAGCGCUGGACUGACGGGCAGGGCAGGGAGCGCCGGAGGCCCCUCGGAUUGGCCUGAGCGGAGGAAGGGCCCGGAGCGGGUGAAGGGAGGCCGGAGCGGGUCAGCAAUCGAGGGAGGCCCGAAUGACGGGACAGGCGGGAAGGGCCGGCGAGGCCCCAGGCGGGGCGACGGCCCCGGGAUCCCGGCUGGGAGGGGGCGCGUCGCCGCUGGGAGGCCCUGGGCUGAGUGCGAGCGAAAAGAGGCCCCGGGCCUGAAAGCUGCCGCGCGGCCCGACGGCCCGGCCUGGGCUGAGGGCGCCCCAGGCUGAGCGGCAAAGGCGGGCCCGCGGCGCUGGGCCGAGGGGCCGGUGGGCCUGGCAUUCGGGCGGGCCGGCGCGGGCCGGGUAGUGCCGGGGAGGAGGCCCGCAGCCGAUGGGCACGGGGAGGCCGGGCUUUGGAGUGGGCGCCGCUGGACCCAGACCGGCAGCUGAUGAGAACAACUCGGGUCGGCCUUGUGAACACCGAUGCCCUCCCAGGCCCAAUACUUCAAAGCAUCUUACCUCUGCUCAAUAUAUAUUACUUGGAGAGGAUUGAGGAAACUGCCCUCAAGAAAGGCCUCUCCACUCAGGCCAUCUGGCGCCGACUAUGGGAUGAGCUGAUGAAGACAAGGCCUUCCAGUUUGGAAAGUGUGACCUGUUGGCGAGCCAAGUUUAUGGAGGCCUUUUUUUCCCAUGUUCUACGUGGGACCAUUGAUGUAUCUUCUGACAGGCGUCUCUGUGACCAGCGCUUCUCACCACUUCUGCAUAGCUCCCGCCAUGUCCGGCAGCUCACCAUCUGCAAUAUGCUGCAGGGUGCAACUGAGCUGGUGGCUGAGCCCAACCGCAGGGUUCUGGAGACCCUGGCCAGUUCCUUGCACACCCUCAAGUUCCGCCACCUGCUGUUCUCUGAUGUGGCUGCUCAGCAGUCACUUCGGCAGCUGCUGCAUCAGCUUAUUCACCAUGGGGCUGUCAGCCAGGUGUCGCUGUACUCCUGGCCUGUGCCUGAGUCAGCCCUUUUCAUCCUUAUCCUCACCAUGAGUGCUGGCUUCUGGCAGCCAGGCCCUGGUGGCCCACCUUGCCGCCUCUGUGGAGAGGCCUCCCGAGGCCGGGCCCCAUCCCGAGAUGAAGGGUCCCUCCUGCUGGGCUCACGCCGGCCUCGCAGGGAUGCUGCUGAGCGAUGUGCUGCAGCCCUGAUGGCCUCUCGGCGGAAGAGCGAAGCCAAGCAGACAGCCAGAGCUGCACCUGCCACCCGAGUAACACGCCGGAGCACACAGGAGAGCCUGACAGCAGGUGGGACAGACCCUAAGAGGGAUCUGCACCCUCCAGCAACCUCCCACGAGGCUCCUGGCACCAAGCGGCCACCCUCUGCUCCAGCCACCACCUCCUCUGCCUCCUCUUCCACAUCCUCAUCCAAACGGGCUCCAGCUAGCUCAGCCCCACAGCCCAAGCCCCUAAAGCGUUUUAAGCGAGCUGCAGGGAAGAAGGGUCCUCGCACCCGUCAGGGGUCUGGUGCAGAGUCUGAAGACCUGUAUGACUUUGUUUUCAUUGUGGCUGGUGAGAAGGAGGAUGGGGAAGAGAUGGAGAUCGGGGAAGUGGCGUGUGGAGCUUUGGAUGGAUCAGAUCCCAGCUGCCUGGGGCUUCCAGCACUGGAGGCCUCCCAGCGAUUCCGCAGCAUUUCCACCUUGGAGCUAUUCACAGUUCCGCUCUCCACGGAGGCGGCUCUGACACUGUGCCACCUGCUGAGCUCCUGGGUGUCUCUGGAGAGCCUCACACUCUCCUAUAAUGGCCUGGGCUCUAACAUCUUCCGUCUGCUGGACAGUCUGCGGGCCCUGUCAGGCCAGGCUGGAUGCCGCCUCCGUGCCCUGCAUCUCAGUGAUCUGUUCUCACCACUGCCCAUCCUGGAGCUGACACGUGCCAUUGUGCGAGCCCUGCCCCUACUGCGGGUCCUCUCUAUCCGUGUUGAUCACCCCAGCCAGAGGGACAACCCUGCUGUGCCAGGGAAUGCGGGGCCCCCUAGCCACAUAAUUGGAGAUGAGGAGAUACCAGAAAACUGCCUGGAACAGCUGGAGAUGGGAUUUCCACGGGGAGCCCAACCAGCCCCACUGCUCUGCUCUGUGCUGAAGGCCUCAGGUUCUCUGCAGCAGCUGUCUCUGGAUAGUGCCACCUUUGCCUCUCCCCAAGAUUUUGGGCUUGUGUUACAGACACUCAAAGAGUACAACCUAGCCCUGAAGAGGCUGAGCUUCCACGACAUGAAUCUGGCUGACUGUCAGAGCGAGGUGCUCUUUUUGCUACAGAAUCUGACUCUUCAAGAGAUUACCUUCUCCUUCUGCCGUCUGUUUGAGAAGCGCCCGGCCCAAUUUCUGCCUGAGAUGGUUGCUGCUAUGAAGGGCAACUCCACACUGAAGGGCCUCCGGCUGCCAGGGAACCGCCUGGGGAAUGCUGGCCUGCUGGCCCUGGCAGAUGUUUUCUCAGAGGAUUCAUCCUCCUCUCUCUGUCAGCUGGACAUCAGUUCCAACUGCAUCAAGCCAGAUGGCCUUCUGGAGUUCGCCAAGCGGCUGGAGCGCUGGGGCCGUGGAGCCUUUGGUCACCUGCGCCUCUUCCAGAACUGGCUGGACCAGGAUGCAGUCACAGCCAGGGAAGCCAUUCGGCGGCUCCGGGCCACUUGCCACGUGGUUAGCGACUCAUGGGACUCAUCCCAGGCUUUCGCAGAUUAUGUCAGCACCAUGUGAUGGGGCCUAUGCUUCACAGGCCCAUGCUCAGUACCAUCAGCUUGCAGGGGCUGAGACAUGGGCUGUGAAACGGGCUGCCCAGAACUCCCAAACACCAAUACUUUCUCUUUCUGCCACCUUUUUUUCUCUUUUUUCCUUCUUCCCUUGCACUGAGGUCCUGGAGGCCUUGAUGGGGCUCAGCAAAGGCAUUCCCACAACUGGGUGUAGAGCUUUUGGGCCCCUUGCCCAGUACUCUGGGAACCCUGGGCCAGGUUACAGUGCUCAUCAGUCACUGGGGACAGCUACCCUCCCCCUGCCCGAGGUUCCUGCUUUCCCUCCUCAAGCAGGUACCCAGGCUUUAGAGAAGUUUAGGAGUGUCCACUACCAGGCGUCUUCUCCGCUGGGCUUACCAUGCUGCUCCCAGGCCUCAGUCCCUUUCAUACCUUUAUUCCUUUCUUUUUUUUAACCAAAAAAGUUUUUCUUAUAAAAUAAACUUUGGGCAAACAUCA